AUGGUUGCUCAAGCUUCAGCGACGUCGAAGAGAAUUCUCUGGAAGAUUUGUUCAGGGGCAUCUUCUGCCACUGAUGCUUGCAGAGACGCGGAGACUUUAGUGCAAGAUGGCUCCAGUUGCCCUAUGGCCAUCGAGAUGAACAAGUGGCUUCAGGGGGACCUUUUGCAUGUAGUCCACCAAGGGGUGGCCAGCGUGGUGAUCCCUUCGCUGAUUUGUGCCCACUUGGAAAGCAAGGACCCCAACAUAACCCUGAAAAGAAUGGACGAGCUUCUGUCGGGGCCUGUGUUUGAACACUACAGAUCCUGGUGCGCGGAGAGAUCGCCCUUAGUGUCUGCGUGCUCACACCGCUUCAGCGCUGCACGUUUCGGUAAAGAGAAGUGGGCAAGCAGCCCUGAUUUGGCAAGCCUUUACAAGGCCUCGGUGGUUAAGCACCUCAUGUUCUGGUGCGCAGAUUACUUGAGGUCAGAAAGGGAUGAAGCAGUGUCUGGUAGUGAUGACCGGUUGUAUACCAUGCACUCGUUCGCCAAAUUUCAGCAACUUCUUGAUGUCCACGGCCCCUGGUUUUCAGAGGAUGAAUGCAAGCUGGUGGUGACCUACGGCUGGGCAGGGGUAAUGUUUUACCAGAAACUUGCAGCCCAAGACAGGCUGCGGUUAGAUUCGCGGCGCUGUUUCAAGAUCACCCCCAAGUUCCAUAGCUUCGUUGAGAUGUUGAUCUACAUCGAACAGACCCGACGCAAUGUUCGGUUUGAACAUUGUUACCAAGACGAAGAUUUAAUGAAAGAGGUUGGCAAGAUAGCGUCCAUGACGCACCCUGCUACACUCGACCGCGUGACAAUGGAACGAUAUGUGGGGCUCUUGGAGUUGAAGAUCUUUGCUGACCAAAGCAGCUGA